CGGGAAGGAACACUGGCAAUACUUUUAGCUAGUUAGCCUGCUGCUGUUUUCCUGGAGUUUUCUGUUAAACGUGAAGCAACAGGUCAUCCGCUCCUCCAGCAGGCUCCAGAAUGGCAGACAGUAACCGCCGACUGCAGCAGACUCAGACACAGGUGGACGAGGUGGUGGACAUCAUGCGGGACAAUGUGGGCAAGGUUCUGGAGCGGGACCAGAAGCUGUCUGAGCUGGACGAACGGGCUGACGCCCUGCAGGCCGGCGCCUCACAGUUCGAAACCAGUGCCGCCAAACUGAAGAGAAAGUACUGGUGGAAGAACUGCAAGAUGUGGGCCAUUUUAAUUGCAGUUAUCCUCAUCAUUAUCAUCAUCAUUAUCAUUUGGAAUCAGGCAUAAAGCAAGGGAAGAGAGGAGCAAACUGCCAAAGAUGAAGAGACGAAGAGCACAGUUCUGUUAAGAGCACCAACCUGCUGACUUCCAGAGCAAAAAAAUAUGCUGCACAGGUUUCAUUAGUAUCUUGAGUAGUUCUGAGGCAACUGUGACCAGCUUGGAUGAGUGCCUUUUGUGUCCUUUCUGCCCUCUUUUCCCCCAAACCUACUGAUCUAAAAUAUAUCAGAUGACAUUAACAUUUAGUUAAAACUAGUUGAAAGUAUACAGUAUUGCAUCAUCGGUGCCAGAUCAAUUUUAUAUAUGAAGUCAUUUUUACAAAUGGUCUUAUUAUGACUAAGGGGAGUGUGCCUAAGUUCAUCAGAGCAGCUCUAUGUCAUGAAAAAACAGCUGUUCAGGGCAAGAAAUACACUAACACACUAAUACACUAACAAUUCUGCUAAUGCACAUACUUUUCUAUUUGA